CCGAUGAUUGAAAUCAAGUCGAUUGAUUUCAGUUUCCUUCUUUUGUAUUGUUUUAUUUUUGGGCAAUACUUACGAUUCUGCAAUCGCCCAGAGAUAUAAUGGAACUGAGUUAGUCGUGUCCCAGAUCAGACUCGGAAAACAUGGCUGGCAUUUGUCCCCGGGAGGCUGUUCGGGUGAAAGUGAAGAAAUGCGAACCCACUGCACGACCGGAGUGGCGGAAGUUUUCAGUGGACCCGCAGAUCACCACGCUGGAGGUUCUGUACUCCCUGCUGGCCAAGGCCUUCGACGUGAAGUCGGACUUCUCCAUUAAGUACAAGGCCUUUGAUCCGGCGGGCAACGAGAUCUAUUUGGCCGUGCGCUCCGACUGGGACCUGGAUGCCGCCUUUCUGCGGAUUCACAACAUUUCCAUUCAGACGGCCUCAGAACCUUGCCUCACCCUGCAGAUCGAUGUGAAGCCGUUUACGGUGGUCAGGGAGUGUGAGACAGAGGCCUCCCCGGGUAGAUCCACCUCGGGAGCGCCAACUCCCGCAACACCUGCACCUUUUGUACCCGCCCGCGAGUUAAUGUCACCACUGCAGUCCUUAGGAGUCUCCCAGAAAUAUGUGCAACACAUGCAGACCAAACUGGGCAGCUCCAUUCUGAAUCAGAUGGAGAAAACCUUCUCCAUAGUGCAGAAAGCGUUUAACUUGUCCGAGGAGCAUAUGGCCAACCUACCGCCACGUCCGCCCAUGUGCGACAGCGAGUUCCGACUUUUUCUGGACGCACUGGGUCAGAUUCAACGCAAGGACGAGUUGCAUAGGGUCAUCUUCCUAGGAGGCAUUGACCCGAGUUUGCGGCGCGUUGUGUGGAAACAUUUGCUUAACGUUUAUCCUGGUGGCGCUAUCGGACUGGCCCUUGAUGGACACCAGCGCAUGGAGUUCAUGCGCCGCAAGUCCGAGCAGUACUGUCGUCUGAGAGACACAUGGAAAGCCGCCGUGAAGCGAGGCAGUGUGGCUGGCGAACUGGCUUACGUAACCAGCAUGGUGAAGAAGGAUGUUCUGCGCACGGACCGACUGCAUCCAUUUUAUGCAGGCAGCGACGACAAUCAGAACAUCGCUGCGCUUUUCAAUAUCCUCACCACAUAUGCACUGAACCAUCCGUCGGUCUCGUAUUGUCAAGGCAUGUCGGACAUUGCUUCCCCGCUACUGGUUACCAUGAACGACGAGGCACAGGCCUACAUAUGCUUUUGUGCCAUAAUGGCAAGAAUGCGUGGAAACUUCAUGCUGGAUGGAAUUGCAAUGACUCAGAAAUUUGCUCACCUAACGGAGGCGCUAAGUUUUUACGAUCCGGAGUUCUGGGAGUACCUCAAAUCGCAGCAGGCGGACGACCUGCUUUUCUGUUACCGUUGGCUGCUCCUGGAGUUAAAGCGGGAAUUUCCCUUUGAGGAUGCCCUUCGCAUGCUGGAGGUGCAGUGGAGCUCACUUCGCUAUCGAUGUGAUGGGGAGAAGGAGCUGCCGCUCUUUGAAAAGGAAUUUGUACCCAUUUCUGAAGCCUCAGUGCCCAAUAGCGCCAGCACCUUUUCCAGCUCUUACAGCGCUACACCGACCAGUCCUUCCUAUCUGCUGACCAAACCGCGCGAGAGCCCCUACACAAAGGUUUGCGCUUUGCGCCGUCAGAGCUCUUCAGCCUCUUUGAGCUCACUGAGUUCUUCCGUGGGAACCAGUCAUGCAUUGGACAAUACAAAACGGCUGAAUCACAGCCUGGACGACAAUAUGUCACGUCUUGCGACAGCCGCAGCACGCCGGCACAGACGCACUUCGGCCAAGGUUCAUCAAAGUUUGGACGAGUCAAAAAUGCUGGCGCUGAUCGAGGGCGCCUUGGAUAAUAAGAAUGUCCAGUCGGAGCAGGACUUUUCCGCCGGCGAGGAAACCGAAGAUGAUGAUGUAUUUGAUAGGAAGGAGUCGCCAAGCUUUCUGGAGACAAAUCCGUUUAAGGAUGAUGCUCAGAGAGCACCAGAAAGUGAAACCACACCUCCUGUUUCACCAGGACGAGCCUUUCUGUGUAGUUCGUCUUCCUCGAAUCUGGACGAGUUCCCCAGUGACAGGAAGGCUAAGCUGCAGCACAAAAACAUUUUGACCGUGAGCAAUAUCAUCGCCAAACAACUUGCUACUAAUGCUAGUCAAGUGAGUGAAAGUAUGAAGCGAGUAAGCACCACUAGCGGUGGUCAUUUUAAGGAUCUCAAGGAAAAGCUGGCGGCAAGCAGUCGUAUCGGUAUCUCUUUUGAUGGUGAAGGGGAAGAUGAUGGAGAUCGGAAGAUACCGCCAAAGCUUGUAAAAAACUUCAAUGAAUUCCUAAAUUUUGCAACUAUUAAUAAGAAUCGUAUAUCCGAUCGAUUUGCCACUCAACCGCAACAGACAGCAGGUCCAACUUCGGUUACUAAGCCCUUGGUACAGCUAACUAAGAGUGGGAUGGGCAGUUCCCUGGACGAAUCUGAUUCAUCCUCUCUUCCGGAAACCAGUUGGAGUGCAUCCACGGCGGCCACUGCCAUUCAGCAGGCACAGGAACUGAGCAGCUACAAUCUACAGCUAGAUUUGGAGACCAAUCACCCAUGCGACCCAGACGAUUCAAUUACACCGGAUCAAGAUCAGGACCCCGACCAAGAGUACUAUCCCAUGACGACGGCCAUAACGCGUGAGCUGCGCCUAGAGGCCGAGAAUCUAGAUCGACAAGUUUUUGGGCUGCCUUUUACGGAGAGCGAGAAACGGGAUGACAUCGAGUACGAGAAACUCGACAAGGACGCCUUGGACUUAGUGGAGGAUCUCAAGGAGAACGAGAUCAUUACCUGUCCCGAUGUCAGUGAGCUACAUAUGCGACGUCGACAGCGACUGGCGGCUAAGAGUAACAGCGUUCAGCAAAACGAGUCGCAUACCUUUAAUCCAUUCAUCGACGAAAGCCAACUUUUAGAUGGACACAGUCCAUUGGGAAUGCGCAACAGCAACAGUUUGCCGGAGGUCAUUCUGCCUAUUUCCACUGAGCCUAGUCUAGUGGAGGUAUCGCCUUUGGUGGAGAUCGCUACGAAUGCAGAUGACGAGAGCGCCUAUACGCGAUCCCCCCAGCGUUCAAACCAUCUCAAUGGAGUCAGUGGAGUGAACACCACUGCGGCUGCAUUACCUCCGCCUACAGAAUUCGGUGGUGGUAAUGCAUUCCUCAUGUUUCUCUGUCUCACACUUCUACUACAGCACCGAAACACGAUCAUGAAGGCAGGCAUGGACUACAACGAGAUAGCCAUGCACUUUGAUAAAAUGGUAAGGAAACACGACGUCACUCGAGUUCUCAAUCAGGCUAGACGAAUGUUCGUGGACUACCUCAAGGCACAAAGCAGCCCACAGCGCCAGAGAUCGCCCAGCGGCCCUGUUUCCACUGGUUCCACGGGUGCGAGCCUGACUUCAUCAAUGCCGGCUUAACGGGCCUGUAAUCCUACCCGCUUCCAUGAAACCUUAGUGUUCUCACAGUUUGGCAACUGCUUAAAUACACAUUUCUUUACUGAAAUUUCACUAAUAUCUGAUGCAGAAUUUCAUCACCAUUUCAACCAAACGAGAAAACCAUUACAUUUAACAAUUUUAUCAUAAUGGCAUUAACAGAAACGUUGGAGCCAACGUAACUCCUUGCCCUCGAUGCACACACUUCAUCCUUUAAAUUUCAACAUUUAAUGAAAGUGAACUCAAAGUCGAUUGCUCAGAUUUGUCUUGAUAAAGGUGGAUGGCAGAAUGUAAACCAAAGUCUUCUUUUUUGUACGUAUACGGAUUUUGUACUUUCUUAUUUUGUAUUAAGGUUUUAUUUUUUAUUUAUUUAUAUAUUUAUCUGCACUUAUGCCAAACGAUCAAAUGCAAGCUGUUUGGCUAAAAAUUGCUUUAUUUCUCUAGUCUGCUUAUGCAUUCCAUGCUGUUGUAAAAAUUAUAUUUUAGAUUUAAAAUCGCGCCUAAAUACUAAUUUAUGAAAAUAAAUUCACGGAUCUGUAACCCAAAUAACCAUAAUCCUAUUAUCUCAAACGUUCUGUAUCUUACAAAUCUCUCAACGUACUCUGAAUACAAAAUAAUUUUGU